ACUCCGCGCCCAUGCAGGGCGGUGUCAUGGAACCUGCCGGCAGCCCGCUGACCACACACGUGCUGGACACCGCCUCGGGGCUCCCGGCCCGGGGCCUCUGCCUCCGUUUGUCCAGGCUGGAGGACCACGGCCAGCACUGGACCGAGCUGAGGAAAAGCUACACAGACCCAGAUGGCCGCUGCCCUGGGCUCCUAAUGCCAGGUCAGAUGAGGGCAGGCACCUACAAGCUCUCCUUUGACACCGAGGGCUACUGGAAGAAGCAGGGGCAGGAGAGCUUCUACCCAUACGUGGAGGUUGUUUUCACCAUCACAAAUGAGACCCAGAAGUUCCACGUGCCUUUGCUGCUCAGCCCCUGGUCCUAUACCACCUACCGGGGGAGCUAGAGCCGGGCCUGGGCCGUGAGGACACCUGCCUCCUCCUUUUCUCUGGCUGAGCCACCCUCUGGGGUCACCCACUUCCUGGGGGAGGUUCUGGCCCUGGGAGUUUCCCAGUGGGCAGCUGUACUCGGGUACUAAUAAAGUCAGGGUGGGCAUCUGCAAA